AUUCUCAUCAAAUCAGAAUAUUUUUCCAGGAAUAUUCAGCUGAAAAUACAAUUUACAUAUUUUAACUAUCAAUUGUCUAUCUUAUCCAAUGAGUACAACUGGACGAAUUCUCUUGAAUUUCUUGCUGCAUAAAACUCAAUUGACUUCUAUUACUCAAUAACAAAAAUAAAAAUACAGACAAAAAGCAGAAGAAAAUAAUUUGAAUUGUGAAUUUGUUAUUUGUGUUUUGUGUGCCUUUAUUUGGCUUUGGCGACCUACAUAAUCAAUACAAAACAUCUUAAUGCCUCAAACCAUUUAUAUGUUUCUUAUUUGCUAACUUAUUUACUUACUUAUAUAUAUACACGUAAAUAUUCGUACAUAUUUACACUGGAGCACAACAACUGUAUCUAUGUGCUUUAUCUACUUUCAGGAAACUAGCAAUUUUCUACCCUCAUUUGAAGCGAUUUCCUAUGCUGUGAAGAGCAUUGCAACAAAACUUAAUUGGACUCAUGUUGACAUUUAUGUUGGCGAUGAAAAUUGGGGUUGCCACUCGCCAUAGCGGCAAACUUGCAUGUGCCGUAUAAAAUUGGAAUUGGCGACGAUAUACGUGACCUGCAUGCAUGGGUAAAGCCAUUAUCAUCACUGCGGACAUGAACGAUGACAGCACAUUACUACUGCUCACGCAGUUGGUGGGCCUGCAACACACCAAAGUGCUGCUCAUAGGUGUGGUGGCCCAAGACGUGGCCACGCGGUGAUUAGCGAUGACCAACGAUGGCAAGCGGGACGCUGAGGCAGGCAUGCUCAAUUGGCCAAUGCACUUGGAUAGCUCCGUUACACGUGCACUGCAAGAGCACGAAGAGGCCAUGGCCGCGGAGGCAUUCGUGGGUGAUAAUGAGGAACUGGCCACGACUACCACGAGUACAACAACUAUGCGCCCGACGCGUGACACCUUGGCGGCCUUCGAUGAGUGUCCACAGCUGAGUGGACUUAAUUUCGUUGAGAUUUGUCCAAAUAUCGAGAAUAUAACGGCACGCUGUGUGCAGUUCUUGCGGUGCAGUUGUGCGGCAACAGCUAGCGGCGCUGGCCACAAAACCAAAUUCAAGCAAAAAAAGCAAAAUGUGUCAACCACAAAACGCACUGAAAAUCGCAACGGAAAUGUCGGUGACGACAUUGACAUGACAGCUGGCGUUAUUAGCGCGCAAAUGCCCAAGUAUGAUUUCAUAGUAUUGGAUGUGGUGCAUGAAAAUGCGGCUGCCAACAAUAAUAACCACAAUAAUAACAACAAGAGCAGCGUAUCCACAAAUGCGGCUAUGCUUGACUUCAAUAGCGGUGUCAAAACUGACAUCAAUUCAACGGUGGAUGCAGUGUCAACAGUAUCAAUUGACUCAAUCAAAUGGCGUCCACUGUUGAUACUAGAGCAGCAUGAAAUCAAUUCCAACACCUACAUUACACAUUCAGGCUACGACGAAUGGCUGCUGGUCAGCACAGUGCAGCUUUGGCAAUGCGACUGCUGGAUAAUUGUGGCCAUUUGCAUUGGAUUGCUUUUGAUUAUUGUGGCCGCAAGCGUGGCUGCCUGCAUAUCAAUGAGGAAUUACUUUCUGCGUAAGCGCCUCUCGAAAGGACCCAACAAAAUUGUACUCUCCGCUGAUGACUUUGUCUUUCCAGUCGACUCACGUAGGGUCGAUGAGGGCAUCGAAGCGAUGCUUUGUUGUUUGCUGCACCAUCUACAAGAGUUCGGUGGCCCCGAAGUUGUCAAGCCUGAUUUGCUCAAAGGUUCAAUUGGUUCGCUAAAAAAUCUUGGCCUAAUUAUACCGGGUGCCGGCACAGCCACCGCAGCAGGUGGUGUAGCCAGCGAAGGCAAAGGGACAUCGGGCACGAAUAGCUUAGCGCGUCACAAUCCAGCGCUCCUAGACAUGCGUGCACGCUACAAUGGUGAUUUGGUGCAACUGAAAGAGAUACCCUUGACGGAUUUGGUGCGCGGUAUGCGCUAUCUGCACACCUCACACCUGCGCGUGUACGGCACAUUAACGUCUCGCAAUUAUGUUGUGGACGCACGUUGGGUACUGAAAAUAACCGAUUAUGUUCUGCCAUCAUUCUAUGAAGCGCAGAACCUGCUGCCACCCACACGGCCAUCCGUUUCGAAGGGGGCAGAACCACCAGAGGCCAUCAACAUUAUGCGUCAUUGCUGGGCUGAACAGCCGGACAUGCGGCCCGUCUUUAAUACGUAAGUACAACACAACGAU